GAAACAGAGAUGCUCUGUGAUUUAGCACCGUUAGCCAAAAGGCAUCACAGCCUAACGCAGUGCUGAAAGGUGUUUAAUUGAUUCAUGUAACGCAGUUGGCGUUACUGUGCUUGCAAACGUUCGAGGCAAGAGGGAUUCAGGCUAUUUCAGUCAUGUCUUUUCAGCAGGAUCGUGGGGGUCCGAGAGGAGGGAUGCCCCCAGGCCAGCACAGCUCUCCUCAGAAUUACUGUCCCACCAAUUUGAGGCCACCCACUCCCCAGCCUCCUGCUCCCCCAUACCAUUAUGAUCCACAGACUCCGCCUGGUUCUGGUUACCAUGGCAGUACCGGCUACAUGCCACCACACCCUGACUUUAUGCAGUACCCUCCUCCAGCUCCUUCUCAGACCCCCAGUUCUCUUAAUCAAUGUCCGUUGCGCCCGCCUUUCCCGAAGCCCCCUCCUCGGCAGGGCUUUCCUGAACCCCCACCAAAUUUUCCACCUCCCCCUUUGCCCAGCCCAAUGGGAGGUCCGACUCCCGGCUCCCAGGUCUCUGCACAGAGUUCCUAUCAUCCCUACAUGAUGCCACCUGUACCCCCGCCCCCACUACCUCAUCCUACCAUGCCUCCCCCCAUGGCCUCUCAGUCCGUGAGCUACCACCCUCCGUACCCUGUGAACUACCCUCCGCACCCUCCUUUCCCUCCUCCCCCCUUCAGCCCCAGCUACACCCAGAGUUCCAGCCCCUUUCAACCAGACCAUGGCGCCAGACACGGGGGACCAUACUCAUACGAGAAGUCCUUUGACAGCAGGAGGUCCCCAGAAAGAGUGUACCGCCAGGAUGACCACAGGCAGAAGGGCUACGGGUACAGUGACAGACACAAAAUAGAGUUUAGUGGAGAGAGGAAGGAGCGUGGGAGGAGUCCGGACAGACGCGGGAGGGCUGAAGGGGGUCGCUAUAAAGCAGAUUACGACAGAGGGAGGAGUUCCCCCAGACAUAGGAGCAGGGAGAGGUACCGCCACAGAGAUGUUCGAAGAUCCCAGUCACCUCACAGAUACGGGAAGAGGCCUCGGAGUCGCUCAGCGAGCAGAGACAGGAAGCGAGGUCGCUGGGAGGAGGAGAAGGAGCGGAGGUCGGAGAGCUCCUCGGUGCCGAGCAGGGAGCGAAGCUACUCCUCCCUCCGGAGCCGAGACUCCGAUGAGGCUUUCGGGGACCGUGAGCGAGAGAGAGAUCGGCAGCGGGAAAGAGAGAAGGAGAAAGCAGACGAGGAGAAAGAGGAGGAAGAGCUACUGAAACCCGCCUGGAUCCGCUGCACUCACGCCGAGAGCUACUACUCCAAUGACCCCAUGGACCAAGUGGGCGACUCCACGGUGGUUGGGACCAGCAAGCUGCGCAGCCUGUACGAGCGCUUCGAGGACGAGCUCGGAAUGCGACAGGAACGAGCCAAAGCCGCUCGACCCAAAUGGGAUCCGCCCAAGACCAAACUGGAUGAGGAUCCAGAGUCGAUGCAGAAGGAAAUGAGGGCAACACCUGCGUCUGAGCUCACUGUGGAAGGCGACAGCAGCAGUGACUCAGACUGCGAGUCCGACGGUGAAGGAAGCAGCUGCUCCAGCAGCUCCGACUCAGAGGUUUUUGACGUCAUCGCUGAGAUCAAAAGGAAGAAAGCUCAUCCUGACCGGCUGCACGAGGAGCUGUGGUACAACGACCCCGGACAGAUGAAUGAUGGCCCCCUGUGUAAGUGCAGUGCCAAGGCCAGACGUACAGGGAUCCGCCACAGCAUCUACCCGGGAGAGGAGCCUGUGAAACAGUGCCGUCUGAUGAGCAACAACGCAGGAAAACUGUUCCACUACAGGAUCACUGUGUCUCCUCCCACAAACUUCCUGACCGACAGGCCGACGGUGAUUGAGUACGAUGACCAUGAGUACCUGUUUGAAGGCUUCUCCCUGUUCUCACACACACCUCUCACCAAUAUUCCAUUGUGCCGAGUGAUCCGCUUCAACAUAGAUUACACCAUUCACUUCAUAGAGGAGAUGACACCGGAGAACUACUGUGUCCGAGGGCUGGAGCUGUUUGCCUCCUACCUGUUUCGGGAUAUUCUGGAGCUGUAUGACUGGAACCUGAUAGGUCCUGAUUCUGACGCCGAGCUUUCUGGAUGCCAGCGCUUCCAUUUCAUGCCCCGUUUUGUCCGAUUCUUACCAGAUGGUGGGAAGGAGGUGCUCUCCAUGCAUCAGGUGCUGCUGUACCUCCUGCGCAGCAGCAAGGCUCUGGUCCCUGAGGAGGAGAUCGCAAACAUGCUGCAGUGGGAGCAGCUGGACUGGCAGAAGUACGCCGAGGAGUGCAAGGGCAUGAUCGUCACCAACCCCGGCAUGAAACCCAGCUCAGUGCGCAUUGACCAACUGGACAGGGAGCAGUUCAACCCAGACGUCAUCACAUUCCCCAUCAUCGUUCACUUCGGCAUCCGGCCCGCUCAGCUCAGCUACGCCGGAGACCCUCAGUACCAGAAGCUGUGGAAGAGCUAUGUGAAACUACGCCACCUGCUGGCCAACAGCCCAAAGGUCAAGCAGAUCGACAAGCAGAAGCUCACACAGAGAGAGGAAGCUCUUCAGAAGAUCCGGCAGAAGAACACAAUGCGCCGUGAGGUGACGGUGGAGCUCAGCAGCCAGGGCUUCUGGAAAACCGGCAUUCGCUCUGACGUCUGUCAGCACGCCAUGAUGCUCCCGGUUCUCACCCAUCAUAUCCGAUACCACCAGUGCCUGAUGCACCUGGACAAGCUCAUCGGCUACAUCUUCAAGGAACGCUGCCUCCUGCAGCUGGCCAUGACUCACCCCAGUCACCACCUCAACUUUGGCAUGAAUCCCGAUCACGCUCGCAACUCUCUGUCCAACUGUGGCAUCCGCCAGCCCAAAUAUGGCGACAGGAAGGUCCACCACAUGUACAUGAGGAAAAAAGGAAUCAACACGUUGAUUAACAUCAUGUCCCGUCUGGGGCAGGAUGACCCUUCUCCUUCCAGGAUCAAUCACAACGAAAGACUGGAGUUCCUGGGCGAUGCUGUUGUCGAGUUCCUCACCAGCCAUGCUUUUCUCCAUACCUUCGCUUCAUUUAAGAUGCUGAUUCACUGUGUCCACCUCUAUUACCUUUUUCCCAGUUUGGAGGAGGGCGGCCUGGCCACCUACAGGACCGCCAUCGUUCAGAACCAGCACUUAGCCAUGCUGGCAAAGAAGCUGGAGUUGGAUCGCUUCAUGCUGUACGCCCACGGACCCGACCUGUGCCGGGAGUCGGACCUUCGACAUGCUAUGGCCAACUGCUUCGAAGCGCUUAUUGGGGCUGUGUAUCUAGAAGGAGGCUUGGAGGAGGCUCGGCAGCUCUUUGGCAGACUGCUGUUCAACACUGAGGACCUGCGGGAGGUCUGGCUCCACUACCCACCACACCCCCUGCAGGUGCAGGAGUCUCAGACGGACCGGCAGCUAAUUGAAACAUCUCCAGUUCUUCAGAAACUGACCAGCUUUGAGGAUUCGAUUGGUGUUUUGUUCACACAUGUCCGCCUGCUGGCCAGAGCGUUCACCUUGAGGACCGUAGGCUUCAACCACCUCACCCUAGGCCACAACCAGAGAAUGGAGUUCCUCGGAGACUCCAUCAUGCAGCUGGUAGCCACCGAAUAUCUCUUUAUCCACUUUCCUGACCACCAUGAAGGACACUUAACACUUCUCCGCAGCUCGUUGGUGAACAACCGCACUCAGGCCAAAGUGGCAGAAGAGCUGGGCAUGCAGGAGUUCGCCAUCACCAACGACAAAACCAAACGGCCCGUCGCGCUGCGCACCAAGACUCUGGCUGACCUGUUGGAGUCUUUCAUCGCAGCUCUCUACAUCGACAAAGACCUGGAGUACGUUCACACCUUCAUGAAUGUCUGCUUUUUCCCUCGGCUGAAGGAGUUUAUUUUGAACCAGGACUGGAAUGACCCCAAAUCUCAGCUGCAGCAGUGCUGUUUGACCCUGAGAACAGAGGGCAAGGAGCCUGAUAUCCCGCUGUACAAAACCUUGCAGACUGUGGGGCCCUCACACGCCCGGACGUACACGGUCGCCGUGUAUUUCAAAGGGGAGCGGAUUGGCUGUGGCAAAGGCCCUAGCAUCCAACAAGCUGAAAUGGGAGCUGCAAUGGAUGCGCUUGAAAAAUAUAACUUCCCACAGAUGGCUCAUCAGAAGCGCUUCAUCGAGCGGAAAUACCGUCAAGAGCUGAAGGAGAUGAGACGGGAGCGGGAGCGGCAGGAGAAGGAGACCGACGAGGCGGUGGAGGGCAGGAAAUGACGUCGUUUGGUUCGGUGGAUGUGAUGAGGUUAAGGGGAGAGUUAGAAAAGAUGAAGUACAACUGGUUGAUCAUGAAGCUGGGAUCAGCUUCAUGAUCAACUGUCACCCUGUUGUUUUCUACUAUUAGGGCUGAAAAGUAUAUUUAAAAACAACAGCAAGUCAACUAUAAGACAUGGAGAAAUGUUUAUAAAAUGUGAGAUGUUAAAUAAAGCUUUAAAAUUA